AUGAAUCAUUCAUUAUCUGACAUUAAUGAAAUAACUUCGUUGGAAAAUCUUAUUGAUACAAAGUUUAUUAAAUAUUCUGGUAUAGGUGAUCCCAAGGCCUGGUUAUUACAAACAAUGAAUCAAUUUAAACAACAUGGUUUACGUCGUAUAGAACAAUUUCAAUCUAUACCAUUUUUAUUAAUUGAUGAAGCUUAUUUGUGGUAUGUAAGACAUAUUGAUUUAAUCACCAAUUUUGAAUCGUCUAGUAAAUUAUUUCUCCAACAAUAUUCAUCUACAUCACCACCAGCACAAAAUAAUAUUCCUAUUGAGGUGGACGUGUCGUCAAUUUCUAUUUCUAGCUCUUUAUCUACAUCACAUUUACAGCGAACAAUUGCCGAUGAAAUUAUUAAAAAACCAACAUAUUUUCGUGGUUCAAAUUACAAUAUAUUUCAAUCCAUUUACAAGAUGAUGCAUAUCGAUGGUGGACACAAACAUCUACGACGAUUAAAUCAUGGUCAUUGUUUACUGAAGCUGUUAUAA